AUGUCGUCGCUCUUCCGCACCGCAUCCGGCGCGAGCAAGACGAGCAAGGCCAGCCGCGCAUCCAAGAAGGAGCUCAAGAUGGCCGCCGCGCAGAACGCCGCCGAGGCGGGCCGCCCGGGCAACCUCGACCCGGGCAUGGAGCACAACAAGAAGAAGUUCGAGGCGGCCAUCAAGGAGAAGGGACUUUUUGACCCGAUCCGGCAUGACGAUGCCUGCAUGUGCCGCUUCCUGCGUGCGCGCAAGUGGGACGUGCCGGCGGCGCUGGCCAUGUUCGAGGCGGCCGAGGCGUGGCGCAAGGACUUUGGCGUCGAUGAGCUGUACAAGAACUUUGAGUACCCGGAGAAGGAGGAGGUGGACCGCUACUACCCGCAGUUCUACCACAAGACGGACAAGGACGGCCGGCCAAUCUACAUCGAGCAGCUCGGCAAGCUCGACAUCAAGGCGCUGUACAACGUCACGACGCCGGAGCGCCAGCUGCAGAAGCUCGUCGUCGAGUACGAGAAGUUUCAGCGCGAGCGGCUGCCGGUGUGCACGCACGAGCGCGGCGAGCUCGUCGAGACGAGCUGCACCAUCAUGGACCUGAAGAACGUGGGCGUGGGCCAGUUCUGGAAGGUGUCCACGUACGUGCAGCAGGCAUCGAACAUCGGCCAGCACUACUACCCGGAGACGAUGGGCAAGUUCUACAUCAUCAACGCACCCUACAUCUUCACCACCGUCUGGUCCGUCGUCAAGGGCUGGCUGGACCCCGUCACUGUCGAGAAGAUCAAGAUUCUCGGCAGCGGCUACGAGAAGGAGCUCACCGGACAGAUCCCCGCCGAGAACCUGCCCAAGUCGCUCGGCGGCACGUGCGACUGCCCCAACGGCGGCUGCAGUCUCUCCGACGCCGGGCCGUGGAACACCGAGGAGGGCCGCCAGAUCCUCGAAAAGGUCAAGGAGGAGAACUCGGUCAAGCUCAACGACUCGGGCCGGGCGCAGCAAUAG